AUGCGUCUCCCCAGUCUUCGUUGCUUGGCGAGUGCGUUACUGGUCUUCAACUCCAUUGUCGAUGCCCAAACGUACGAUGCCAUUGUCGUGGGUAGUGGCCCUGGCGGUCUCGUAGCUGCCGAGUAUUUGUCACGAGACUCAAGUGUCUCCGUGUUGAUCCUCGAAGCCGGGCCCAGAUCUUUGGCUGCUACUGGUGGAACGGACUCCCCGGACUACGCUCAAGGCCGAGGUCUCACGAAAUUCGACAUCCCCGGUGAAUACGACAGUGUCAUUUACAACGGAGCCAACGAACAGUACCGUGUCGAGUGGAUCAGUGACGCCUACAUGUGGCUCGGUAAGCUCGUGGGUGGAUGCUCCUCCAUCAACGCAGCGCUCUACUUCCGACCCCCCGACUCGUACAUCACCAACACGCAGUGGCCGUUCUCAGCAGCUCAAAUGGUCUCCAAGAUGAACGAGAACGAGCAAAUUCAUGGCCACACGGACAGACCGUCAAGUGACGGUAUCUGGUACACUCAAGACGGGUAUUCCAUCGUAUCCAGAGCUCUACUAGCAAGGGGGUACGCUGAACGCACCAUCAACGACGCUGCAGCACGCAAUAGCAAGAGCAAGACGUUCGGUCAUGCUCCAUUCACCUUUAAGAACGGCAAACGGGACACCCCCGCAAAUGCCUUCUGGGGGCGAAUGAGCAGUAGGAGCAACGUGAGGCUACUCACUGGAGCCAAGGUCGACUACAUCUUACGAGCUUCUGGGGGUAAGGCUACGGGUGUCGUCUACAACGGCGGAACUCAAGCUCUACUGUCGUCUCGAGGUACUGUACUUAUGGCUGCGGGUGCGUUGAGUACGCCCAAAGUUUUGAUUCAAAGUGGCAUCGGCCCGAGCUCGCAGCUUAAUGUGCUUAAUGGCCGCAAUGGGUUCCCUGGCGUCUCUCAAGCUGCAGGAUGGGUCACGAACGCCAACGUCGGGCGGAAUCUGUUCGACACCAACGUGGUAACAAACCCAGUUGGGCGAUCAAUCAGUACAUGA